AUGCAUCACGCUCAAGACCAUAAAGAUCCAUCACAGCAAGCAAAAAAUGUAGUUUUAAUGGGAUGGUGUAUGCCUUCCUCUUGUACACCAUAUGAUCUCAAAACAUAUUUAAAUGGCUACUUCAAUACAAUUGAUUUCCCACUCAGGAAUCACAAUGUAUCAUAUUCUUCAUUUAUCGAAGACAAGAAUUGCCAAAGAGAGGAUGAAAAUAAUGAUCUUGAUCAAAUGGACGUUUCCUUUGGGUUAGUGUGUGCAAUAAUUGUUUCUUUGGUAAUAUCAUCGACGUUAUACGACUGCUUCCGAAACUAUUCAAACGAAAAACUAGUAGCCAGAUCACCAAUUGCUUCACUUUUUCUUACGUUCUCUAUAAAAGGAAAUUUGAAAAAACUGCCACAUGCAGAUGAUUCCAAUCCGGCUCUAACUAUCUUAUAUGGAAUGCGUGUUAUUUGCAUUUGUAUGAUUAUAACGGAUCAUAGAUUUGGAACACAUCUUUCAUCUGCCGUUUUAAAUUUUGAAUUAGUAGAGGAGUGCAUGGUACAUUCUUGGUACCUUCCAUGCGAUUUCCAUUACUUCAUGGUGGCAGUAAUUUUAUGUAUAGUAAUAUACAAAAACAAGAAAAUGGGCCUAAUACUUCUCUCUUUCGUAACCAUGGCCGCUAUUAUAACUCCGUUCGCUAUAGUUUGGUAUUACCAGAAAUCUGCUGUGUUGUUCUUUUAUCCUGAUUUCCUGAGGCAACCAAAACAACAGGAAGAUUUCCUCUUAACUUAUUCCAAGUCACACACAAGAGCGUCACCAUACUUUAUUGGAAUGAUUGCCGGAUAUCUGUACUACAGGAUGAGAGGAUCUGAAAAAUGUCUAAAAAAGAUAAGUUUUGCCUUCUCUGACAUCGUAUUAGCCUUUUCAUCGGCUUUUAUUUUAUAUUUAACAGUGGAAGCACCUUUCAGAAACAUAUUCAGUUUGUUAUUAGCGCCGCCUGCAAGAGACGUUAAACCCAAACCUAAACCAGUAGAAGCUCAAGAAAGUGUCAAUGAGGUUACCUGUGAUAGUCAUUUAUAA